GAAUCACAACAAAGUCACGAAACGAAAAAAUAACAUAUUUCAUUAUUGUUUUAUGAAUAAAACGGUACACUGAUUUAUUAAUUAAUUAUAAACGAAUCAUGAUAACGAGAAGUGUGUUUAUUUGUGUGGUUCUGUUUGCGGCAAUAGUUAACUGCCAUCCGACAGUUUACAAGAGAAAUCAGUAUGAUCACCUAGAACCUGACAUGAUUGCAGUAUCAUCUACUGUAAUACCUGUACCAGAAUAUAACAUCCACACAAACAUUGAAAAUGUCGAGAGUGCUGAUGAUAAAACAAUAAAAUCAAAAUUUAGCAUGAUGUUCCCGCUAAAACAAUACUUCAUGAAAAUGCAUAAGGCUGAUGAACCGUAUAAACUCAUCACAGUGCAAUCAAAGAAAGCCGCUUAUCAGGCGCUGAGGAAGGCUGAAGAAAACUAAAACUGAUAAAACCAGUUGAAAGCUUAACUAAUACCAAAAUUCUAAUACAUGGUACCUGGAUUAUUUGUUAAUCAUUUGUUGAUAUGCAACAUGGGCAGUCAAGUUUUACUAAAAACAUAGAAGUCUAUAAUUAGAACCUGAUAAUAUCUUUGACGUCUUAGAUAACAUGUUUUACCCUAAAAAAUGUACCUAAAUCUAAAUAAAAAGUGAAAAAUAAUAUGAAGAAAAAAUCUUAAAAUCUGUGCUUAAGGGGGAAUUCUGGUCUAGAUCCGUAUAUACAUGUGAAUGGUGUAUCGAAUAAGACAGUUUCGAGAAAAACGCGUUUAAAGUUUCGCACAGAAAAGAAACAAAAGUACACAUAUUCUUGAAAAGCUUUUCAAAUUGCAAAAAAAAACAAAAUCGUUUUUUUUUUUUAAUUCUAGACCAGUA